AUGGAUACAAAAUCCAUUCUAGAAGAACUUCUUCUCAAAAGAUCACAGCAAAAGAAAAAAAUGUCACCAAAUAAUUACAAAGAGCGGCUUUUUGUUUUGACCAAAACAAACCUCUCCUAUUAUGAAUACGACAAAAUGAAAAGAGGUAGCAGAAAAGGAUCAAUUGAUAUUAAGAACAUCAGAUGUGUGGAGAAAGUCAAUCUGGAGGAGCAGACCCCUGUGGAGAGGCAGUACCCAUUUCAGAUUGUCUAUAAAGAUGGGCUUCUCUAUGUCUAUGCAUCAAAUGAAGAGAGCCGAAGUCAAUGGUUGAAAGCAUUACAAAAUGAGAUAAGGGGUAACCCCCACCUGCUGAUCAAGUACCACAGUGGGUUCUUUGUGGACGGGAAGUUCCUGUGCUGCCAGCAGAGCUGCAAAGCGGCCCCCGGAUGUACUCUCUGGGAAGCAUAUGCUGAUCUGCACAUUGCAACAAAGGAAGAGAAAGUAAAAGUUCCCACCUUCCCAGACAGAAUGCUGAAGAUUCCUCGAGCAGUUCCUAUUUUCAAAAUGGAUGAACCAUCUUCAAGUACCGUUCUAGUCCAGUAUGACAGUGACUCAAAGAAAAACUAUGACUCACAGCCAAACGUCAAUAUGCCGUAUGUUCCAAGGGAAGAUUGCCCUGACUGGUGGCAAGUAAGAAAACUGAAAAGCAGUGAAGAUUUUGCAUUCAGCAACCAAAGAGAAAAAAAUGUGAAUCACGGUACCUCAAAAAUUUCAUGGGGAUUCACUGAGUCAAGUUCAUCUGAAGAAGAGGAAAACCUGGAUGACUAUGAUUGGUUUGCAGGUAACAUCUCCAGAUCACAAGCUGAACAGUUACUGAGACAAAAGGGAAAAGAAGGAGCAUAUAUGGUUAGAAAUUCCAGUCAGGUGGGAAUGUACACAGUGUCUUUAUUUAGUAAGGCUGUGAAUGAUAAGAAAGGAACUGUCAAACAUUACCAUGUGCAUACAAAUGCUGAGAACAAAUUGUACCUGGCAGAAAACUACUGUUUUGAUUCCAUUCCAAAGCUUAUUCGCUAUCAUCAACACAAUUCAGCAGGCAUGAUCACACGACUUCGCCACCCCGUGUCAACCAAGGCCAACAAGGUCCCCACCUCCGUGUCUUUAGGAAAUGGAAUCUGGGAACUGAAAAGAGAAGAGAUUACCCUGUUGAAAGAACUGGGAAGUGGACAGUUUGGAGUGGUCCAUUUGGGCAAAUGGAAGGGGCAGUAUGAUGUCGCCAUUAAGAUGAUCAAGGAGGGCUCCAUGUCGGAAGAUGAAUUCUUCCAGGAGGCUCAGACCAUGAUGAAACUCAACCAUCCCAAGCUGGUGAAGUUCUAUGGAGUGUGCUCAAAGAGAUACCCUAUAUACAUAGUGACUGAAUAUAUAACCAAUGGCUGCUUGCUUAAUUACCUGAAGAGUCACGGAAAAGGACUGGAACCCUACCAGCUCUUAGAAAUGUGCUAUGAUGUUUGUGAAGGCAUGGCCUUCUUGGAGAGCCACCAGUUCAUACAUCGGGACUUGGCUGCUCGAAACUGCUUGGUGGACAGUGAUCUCUCUGUGAAAGUAUCUGACUUUGGAAUGACAAGGUAUGUUCUUGAUGACCAGUAUGUCAGCUCAGUAGGAACCAAGUUUCCCGUCAAGUGGUCAGCCCCAGAAGUGUUUCACUACUUCAAAUACAGCAGCAAGUCAGACGUAUGGGCAUUCGGGAUCCUGAUGUGGGAAGUGUUCAGCCUGGGGAAACAGCCCUACGACUUGUAUGACAACUCCCAAGUGGUUGUGAAGGUCUCCCAGGGCCACAGGCUCUACCGGCCCAAACUGGCAUCGGACACCGUCUACCAGAUCAUGUACAGCUGCUGGCAUGAGCUUCCAGAAAAGCGUCCCACAUUUCAGCAACUUCUGGCUUCCAUUGAACCACUUCGGGAAAAAGACAAGCCUUAA